CUUUCGGAGAUAAAAUGAACAUCUGACCGUCAUUUGUAACUAUCGAAAGAAGACAUGGAAUCUGCAUGUAAAGAAAAACGUCUUUUAUAUUUACUUUUCUUUGCAAUUUGCACAACCAGCGUUUGUUUUUGUGCAAGAAGAUCAAAUGUUAGGAGAUCUGAGCGCCUGAGUCCUCCGCUGGACAUCCAGCUGGAGUCGGUCAACUGCACCGCCUUCAGCGUGCGAUGGAAGAUGCCGCGCAGACACGUCAGCACCAUCACCGGAUAUAAGGUCUUCUACACUGAGAUAAAGGGCGGGCGUUCAAUGGGCACGGCGUCCACGAUGGAGGUCCCUCUGAGUUUGGACAUGCUGACCACUGGUCAAUUUGAUGGACAAGCAAGCUUUGACGUGCACAUAGGUAACCUGAAGAUGAACACUAAGUACCGAGUGAGCGUUGGAGCGUACGGCUGGGCCGGGGAGGGCAGGCCCAGCAUGCCCAGAGACAUCAGCACUGCAUCACAUGAAAUGUGCAUGCCCCCGUCGCCCCCCACUCAGCCUGUUGUCAUGGCGGUAUCCGACACAGAGCUGGCGUUGUCGUGGCAGCAAGGAGAGAGCGAGGGGAGUUCGCCCGUUCUUCACUUCCUGGUGGCUUACAUCAGGCCAGAGAUGGACACAGAGUGGACGUAUAUCCGUGAGCCCAUCGAGACCAACUCCAUGGUUCUGAAAGGGCUGUUACCGGAAACGGAGUACCAGUUUGUCAUCAGGGCGGUCAACAUGCACGGAGUCAGCCCGCCGAGCCACAUCAACAGCCCCGUGCGCACUCUGGGUGCAUCAGAAGUUGGGAGCGGUGAUUACGGCCGUUACGUCACUGAUCCCCGGUUCAAAGACGAAGAUGGAUUCGACAUCGACGACUCGGAUUAUGAUGUUUUUAUAGAGGAGUUGAAGCCUUUCCCAGGAAUCAAUCAGAACAACAGGAAGUCCCAGCUCCGCUCACGCCCUGCACCACCUUCUGGACGAAAUGUUGUGUAUCGUAUGAACACCAUCACUCCUCCCAAUGUUACCGACACAGAGGUGUCCACCGCCAGCACCUCCACCUCAUCCAUCCUCCCAGACUUCACAGAUGUGGUUUUCCCAGAUAACCUGGGGACAAGCAGCUCUCCUGACCCCACAACUCCUGCCCCUCUUCCCACCACCAGCAUAACUUUGCCCACCACCACCACCACCCCGACCAUGUCUCCCUGGAGAGGAGACGAGCCCCGCGUGUACGACUUGACCUGUGACGACACCGUGUGCCCGCCGGACAGCUUCUGUCUGAGCGACUUCGAGAACGGCGGCUCGCGCUGCCACUGCAACCUUGGACGGAAAGGCGACACCUGCUCAGAGGCGGUGGCAGUGACAUUUCCCAGGUUCUACGGCUACUCUCACAUGACCUUUGAACCCUUGAAAAACUCUUACCAGACCUUCCAGAUCACUUUGGAGUUUAAAGCAGAGUCUGAAGACGGGCUGCUUCUGUACUGCGGAGAGAACGAACACGCCCGCGGAGACUUCACCUCUCUGGCUCUGGUUCGGGGAAAACUUCACUACAGGUUUAAUUGUGGUACAGGAGCUGCUCAGAUAGUCAGUGAGAGUCGUAUUGCUGUUGGUCAGUGGCACACAGUCACUGUAUUCAGAGACGGGAUGAGCGGCUGGCUGCGCAUGGACAACGACAACCCCAUAUCUGGACGCUCUCAAGGCCAAUACACAAAGAUCACUUUCCGCUCGCCGCUGUACGUGGGAGGAUCCCCGAGCACUUACUGGCUGGUCAGGGCGACCGGGACAAACCGCGGCUUUGUGGGCUGCAUUCAGAGUCUGACCGUCAACGGCAAGGCGACAGACAUCAGACCCUGGCCGCUGGGCAGAGCUCUGAGCGGGGCGGAUAUCGGCGAGUGCAGCGACAGUGUGUGCGACCUGGUCACCUGCACCAACGGCGGAGUCUGCUUCGCAAACCGGGCCGACGGCUUCAUCUGCCUCUGCCCACUCGGCUUCAGGGGGACACUUUGUGAAGAAAGUUUCUCACUGUCUUCACCGCUCUUUAAUGAAACCGUGUUUUCGUACGCUGUCUCCCCGUGGCCGCAGUCCUCGCAAAGCUAUUUGUCCUUCAUGGAGUUUGAAGUGACGUUUCGCCCCUCGAUGCCCGACGGGGUGCUGCUGUACAGCGACGACGCGGGAAGCGGAGACUUCCUGGCGAUAAACCUGGUGGACAGAUAUGUGGAAUUCAGGUUUGACUGCGGCUCUGGAGGAGCCGUCAUAAGGAGUGAAGAGCAGAUCGGUUUGGACUCGUGGCACGAGCUCCGAGUGUCCCGUACGGCCAAGAGCGGCAUCCUGCAGGUGGACAGUCAGCGGCCAGUGGAGGGAAUCGCUGAGGGCGCUUUCACUCAGAUCAAUUGCAGCUCUCCUCUCUACAUUGGCGGAGUGCCAGAAUAUGAUAAAACUAAGAGGACGGCUGGCGUCACGAAGCCCUUCACAGGAAUCAUUCAGAAGCUGCUGCUCAAUGAUCACACCAUCCCAAUAACACCUGGAUCUGCUGGUGGAGUUAAUGUGGCAAACUCUGAACACCCCUGUGUGGAAAGUCCCUGUGCCAAUGGAGGCACGUGCAGGCCUAAAUGGGAUGGAUAUGAGUGUGACUGCCCCCUAGGGUAUGAUGGCAGGCACUGCCAGAAAGAGUGUGGGAAUUACUGUUUGAACACUGUGACUGAAGCCAUUGAAAUCCCACAGUUCAUUGGCCGAAGUUACCUGACCUAUGAUAACAGAGAUAUCCUGAAAAGAGUUUCCGGGUCCAGAAACAAUCUCUUCAUGCGUUUUAAGAGCACGGCCAAAGACGGUUUGCUCCUGUGGCGAGGAGACAGCCCCAUGAGACCCAACAGCGACUUCCUCUCCAUGGGUCUUCAGGAUGGUGCGCUCAUCUUCAGUUAUAACCUGGGGAGCGGCGUGGCUGACAUUGUUGUUAACGGGACUUUUAGCGAUGGGAAGUGGCACAGAGUGAAAGCCGUGAGGGACGGCCAGUCGGGGAAGCUGACAGUGGACGAUUACGGAGCGAAGACGGGCAGGUCGCCUGGCAUGAUGAGACAGCUCAACAUCAACGGACCCCUAUAUGUUGGCGGCAUGAAAGAAAUAGCUCUUCACACAAACCGACAGUACAUGGGAGGCCUGGUGGGCUGCGUGUCGCACUUCACGCUCUCCACUGACUAUCACUUAGCGCUGGUGGAAGACGCAGCCGACGGCAAGAACAUUAACACCUGUUCCAACUAGAAAAAAAAAAGGCUUCAACACAUGGAGGGUCCUUUCUUUUCUGUAUUUCCCAAGCGAUCGUGUGAUUGGACAUCUUA